AUGAACUUACAAUUCAGAUUAACUAUAGAUCAAUCUGAUAGUAGGAAAAAGCUAAAACCAUAUUCAGAUAAAAUCAUACUAUCCCCAUCAAUUUUAUCCCAAAUAAUUGAUCAGAUUCCAGAAUCAGAAUUACCCCAUCCAUUAAUAUUUAAGAUUACAAACAUCGAUGAUUAUUCAAAAUCAGCAUAUGUUGGAGUUAAAGAAUUCUCAGCAACAGAAGAUAAUACAAUAAUACUCCCGAAUGUGAUAUAUGACAAGCUAAACUCACCUAAUGAGGUUAGGAUUGAAUUACAACAACAUAUCCCCAAAGCAACUUCAUUAAAAUUAAAACCAUGUCAUUUUUAUUCCAAUAUUACCAAUUGGAAAUUCUUUCUUGAAAAUAAAUUAAAUCAAUAUUAUACAACAUUAACUAAUAAAGAUACGUUAAUAAUUGAGGAUGAUAAUCUUCGAUAUGAAUUGAUAAUUGAUGAGAUCAAUAAUGAAUCGGAAAAACGAAUCACGGCAUGUAUUAUCGAUACUGAUAUAACACUUGAUUUGAUACCGUUGUCAGAUAAGAUUGCCAAUGAACAAUUAUUGGAAUUUAAUUCAAGUCCAUAUAAUAAAAUCACCGAGAUUGAACGGAGUAUAACCAUACAUGGUUUGAAAUCAUUUUUGAAUCCGAAGUUUGUUCCGAAUAUAUAUAAGAUUGAUUUAUUGAACCGGAAAGGAGAUUUCGUGAUUUCUAUUAAGAAUUGUAAAUAUGAUCCUAAGGAUCUUGAUACCGUGGUUAAUAUAGAUUUCAUUGUUGGGUUGGAUAAAUUUGUUACACUUGAGAAUUUUAAUUACUCAACCAUGGAUGAGGAUUUAUCUGUUGAGAGAAAAUUAGCUCGGAAUGGACAUACUGAUGGAAGAAAAAUAGUACAAGUAUGUUUGAAUGAAGAUCUUAUUUUGUCGAAAUUACAAAGAAUGAAGAAUGAAGAUUCAGACGAAACGGAACAGAAUUACUUAUAUUUGAUUCCAUUUACUUGGGAUACCGAUGCCGAUGUUGAAAUUGAAAUCUAUGAUCAAGCAACCGAUGAAGAAGAAGAUAUAGAUAUGAAUGAAGGGGAGGAUAGUAGAGAAUGUCCUAAUUGUUUAAAACCCAUUCCGAAGCAACAAUUCCCCUUACAUGAAACUUUCUGUUUAAGAAAUAAUGUCCGAUGUACUAAAUGUAAUUCUGUUUUCUUAAAGAAGAUUCCCGAUUAUCAUUGGCAUUGUGAUAAGUGUGUGGAGUUCUAUGCCAAUACACCAUUAUUAGAAUUCAAACAUAAGAAAUUACAUCAUAUGGGUCCAUAUACUUGUCAUCUGUGUCCUUCUACUGAUACAUAUGACAAUUUCUUUGAAUUAGUCAUUGGUCAUAAAGCAAGACUAUGUCCUGCUAAAUUGCAUCAAUGUAGGUUUUGUCAUUUAGUUGUCCCCCAAGAAGAAUCGACCUAUCAAGAUAGAUUUGAAAAUUUAACUCAUCAUGAGAAUUCUUGUGGGAAUAAAACAAAUGAAUGUUAUAAAUGUGGGAAAAUAUUACGAACUAAAGAUUUUAAAAAACAUAUUAAAUUACAUGAUUUAGAAAAAUUGGAAUUUAAUCAAAUGAAUAAAAUCAUAUUUAAUAAAUGUUGUAAUGAGAAUUGUAUUCGGUUGAUUAAAAGUGAGGACCCGGGUAAUGAACUUGGAUUAUGUGAUAUUUGUUAUGGUCCUUUGUAUAUUCAACAAAAUGAUCCUAAUCAUUUGAAAUUACAAAUUAGAAUCGAACGAAAAUAUAUGAUUCAAUUGAGUAAAGGAUGUGGGAAUCAUUGGUGUAAUAAUGAAUAUUGUAAAACUGGGAAUAAACGACAAAUUGAAGGGAAAUCAUUUCGAGAAUUAAUGGAAUUAUUGAAUCAAAAAUUAUUUAAAUUCAUAAUCUCCCCCAGGCUUCCUAUUAAUAAGCUGCAGGUGGAGUUAUCGGCAUCUGCAAAUAAGAUGUGGUUCUGUGUCAAUGAAUCGGUUUCUAAUAAGAAAGUAUUAUUUGAUUUAUUGAAAUCUGAAGGAGAAUAUGAAGAGGAGAUUAUAUAUAAAGCCAUAAAUGAUAAUAAUGAUGAAUAUAGUAUUCGUAGUUGGCUACAAGAAAAUGGAAUCUCAAGAGAUCAAAAGAUCUAA